UUGAAGAAGAAUAUCCAAUCACAAUUCUUCCUUUACAGAUCCUUUUCAAUAUUAUAAUUACUUCCUCUACUUACCUUACUAGAAUAAACCACAAUCAUGAAUACUAUUUCUUCUCUCUAUAUAAAUCAUUCCUUUUCUCCCUUCCUCCCUGCUACCAACUCUUCUUCUUCAACUUCAACUUCUCUUUCUGUUGUCCAUUUUCCAUCUUCUUCUUCUCUUUGUAAUUCUAGAAUUAAACUAAAACCCGUUCCUUAUUUGAUUAGUAGAGAGCUAAGGAGUAGUAAAGGAAAGAAAUUUAUAUCGAAAAUGUCAAUUACUGAAUCUUUGCUUGAAGAGGGUCGUGCUGGUGCUAAUGAUAAUGAUAAUGAUGAUGAAGUGAUUCCUCCUGUUGUUGAUUAUACUGAAGGGAAUAAACCUAGACGUAUUGCUCUCUUUGUUGAACCUUCUCCCUUUGCCUAUGUCUCUGGGUAUAAAAAUAGGUUCCAGAAUUUCAUCAAAUACUUGCGUGAAAUGGGAGACGAGGUUUUGGUUGUAACAACCAAAGAUGGAGUUCCUGAUGAAUUUCAUGGAGCAAAACUAAUUGGAUCAAAAAGCUUCCCCUGCCCGUGGUAUAAUAAGGUUCCCCUUUCACUAGCUCUUAGCCCUAGAAUUAUAUCAGAGGUUGCCAAUUUCAAGCCUGACAUUAUACAUGCAUCAUCACCUGGAAUUAUGGUAUUUGGCGCUCUUAUCAUUGCAAAGCUCUUGUCUGUUCCAAUAGUGAUGUCAUAUCACACUCAUGUUCCAAUAUACAUUCCAAGAUACACUUUCAGUUGUCUGGUGACACCAAUGUGGAUGGUCAUAAAGUUCCUGCACAGGUCUGCUGACCUUACUCUAGUGCCAUCAGCUCAAAUUAGCAGGGAUCUCCAAGCAGCUCAUGUGACAACAGCCAAUAGAAUCCGUCUCUGGAAUAAAGGUGUAGAUUCAGACAGUUUCCACCCACGUUUCCGGAACCACGAAACACGAUGUUUACUAAGCAAUGGAGAACCGGAGAAACCUUUGAUAAUUCAUGUUGGGCGACUUGGAGUUGAGAAGAGUCUGGAUUUCUGUAAACAGGUGAUGGAUAGGAUUCCAGAAGCACGAAUUGCUUUUAUUGGUGAUGGGCCAUACAGGGCAGAACUGGAGAGCAUAUUCACCGGCAUGCCUGCAGUAUUUACAGGAAUGUUAUCGGGUGAAGAACUCUCAAAAGCAUAUGCAAGUGGCGAUGUUUUUCUUAUGCCAUCAGAGUCCGAAACUCUAGGUCUCGUCGUCUUGGAAUCCAUGUCUUCAGGGGUCCCAGUGGUGGGUGUUCGUGCUGGUGGAAUCCCUGACAUAAUUACAGCAGAUCAAGAGGGAAAAACAGGAUACCUUUAUACUCCUGGAGAUCUUGAAGACUGUUUAAACAAAUUAAUUCCUCUCUUACGUGAUUCCGAAUUGAGAGAAAGAAUUGGGAAAGCUGCUCGUGAAGAUAUGGAGCAGUACGAUUGGAGAGCUGCCACGAAAAAGAUCAGAAACGAGCAAUACAAUGCUGCAAUCUGGUUCUGGAGAAGGAAGAAAGCUGAACUGUUGAGACCCUUCCAAUGGUGCUUCAAAAAGAUAUUCGGACCAAAAGAUGAAGUCACCUACGUAAAGUAAUGGUAAGAAAAUAUGAUUUGAACACGAAAAAAAUGCUUGUUAUUAUAAUUAUUUUUAGAUUGUCGUGGUACUAGUCGUCUAUAAAAAGUAGAUUCAGGCUUAAAAGGAAAGCCAUUUUAGGGGUUUUAGGGUGUAGAGUUGAAAGUUAGUUGUGUGAAUGUAUAAUGCUACUGUGGUGGGGUUCAGAAUGUAGACUUUGGGAGGGUGGAUGGAUGAAUGUGUGGGGUUUUUGAUUUGUAUGUAUGAAUACGAUGGAUCUUCCAAUUGGUUCUUGUA